CGGACGAAGCUACGCUACAGUUCACCAAGAGACAAAAGCGACAAGAAUAGGAUCAGAUAUCGGUAGAAAGAAAAAAAUCGCGAUCACGAUAAAUUGCCGAGAAUUACGUGGCAUUUAAAUAGUUGUUAACCGUUGUUCGAGGCAAGCUCGAUUCUGUGGACCGGUUGAAGAAAUAGAAGUGCGAGGAGAUAUUGUGCAAGAAGAAUCGAGUCAAACCAUUGAGGAAUAUUUCCGAUUCUUCGGUUAAGUUUCGUUUCUUGUUUAAUUAUUUUUCAUUUUCGUCCUCGUUGAUACGAAUAAUGGCAGCGAAUACAAGUCUGCUUGUCACGUUGAUGGUGUUGUGUGUCCUAAACGUGAUCCUGAUGCCAGGAACGACGCACGCCAGGCCACCCUCUUUGCUCAGUCGUCAGAGGCGUAUAUCGGAUCAAAGACUCGCUGAAAUAGAGACACUUCUGGGGUUGGAAAAUGUAAGGGGAAAAGUAGUGACGGUUCCAGUUGCAUUCGGCGUGUUGGAUCCAGAUAAGAUAGGUCGUAGACGAAGAUCCGCCACGAAUAACAGACUCGAAACUCUGCAACGUAUGAUGAAGAUUAUCGGUAACCGUCCUGACACGUUUAAUGAAAACAUGCUCGGAGAAAGGAUGCUCUCUUUGCCAGCGAAGUUGAAAGAGAGCCGACUAGGCGUUAACGACGAAUAUUCGUAUAUAUAAUUCCAUGGUACGAAAUCGCGCUAAAGCACAGGGCGAACAAGAAGACAGAGUCGAGAGAACGAAAAGCAUUCAAGAGUAAAAAAUGAAAAAUACAAAAAAAAGAGAGAAAAACAUGAAUCGAAAACGAACAUCAAGAAAAAUCGCCGAAGGAAUAAGAGACGAAGGAAAAUUACAAAAAGAAAAUAUUAUAUACGAUCUCUCGACCCUAAAAUCCGCCUGAACAGUAUUACGGACCGUCCUCCGUCCGAGCUUAAAUUCUUUAAACGAACUUAAACUAUUAGAUCACUAAGUAAUUAUAACCAAGGAGCAGAGGAAAAAGACAGCAACGAUCAUACUUGUCUCGAUGAAGAAAUCGAAGAGAAAAUUUCGAAGAAUUUCAUGGUUUCCUUCGAUUUUCAAUUUGUUCCUUAACGCGUGCGUUCUCCAUGUUUCUUUCAUUUAUUUUUUAUAAUUUAGCAACGUAGUAAUUUAUGAUAUUUAUUUAAGUAGCCUUAUUUAUUCUUUGUUGACCGUAUUAUUUGUAGACUGGUUUUCUUUUAUUCGUUUCUAAGCGUCUGCAAAGACUAUUCUAUGUUGCGUGUAAGGAAAACGCGUCUAUGGUCUCUCUUUUUCUCAUUUUUGUUUUAUACUUUAAGAAUAAUCUCUUUUUAAGAAUAAUUUUGCGUGUAUGACAAAAUACUGAUGAAUGAUUUUUGUACGGAUGGAGAAUGGAUAAUUACUGGCUUGUUUUCACGAUCUCGCGGUUUUUAAACGCGCCUUAAUCUUAGGUUUCGUUAGAUCUUUCGUUAGGUGGAUUAACGAUCGUGAUCUGUAAAUCCCCGGAUAUCCAAUUUCUGCUUUAGCAUUGAAAUAUGAUUUUAUAAUAAUCGAAUAGAACUAUGGAUGAUGCGGGCCACCGUAGAAAAUGUAUUAAUUAGAAGGAUCAAUUAUUUUCAAACGUGAUUCAUUGCGUUUCCAUUUCGUAUUAAGAUGUGAUUCAUUUUAUUUAUUGUUUUGUAAAGUUAGUUAAUACGAAUAUUAUUGUAUUAAUUUAUUAGCGCACCUAAGAAGGAAUAGAAGUAAGAGAAAGGAAAAAAUGUAAUUAAUGUUAACGAUAUCGUUAAGAUUAAUAUCCUUCUCACGAAACAAUCGAAUUUUUCUGCUGUAUUCAAGCUCUAUGUAAUUAUCGUAUAUCUGUUCGACACUGUAUAUUUCCUAUAUGUUAUUUAUUUAUUUAUUUAUUUAUUUAGUUUACGUCGUACGUAGGAGCCAACAAAGUAUUAAAGACAAUGUCGUGAUAGUAUCGCGAUUUCGAUCGAUCAAAAUCAAGAUCAACACGUUCGAGACAAUUUCACCGAUCGUUCACUCUUUUAUUGACUGUGCGUAUUAUUUUGUUUAUUUAAAUAGAAUAAAAAGAAUAGUAAUCAGCUAUACAAGAA